AUGCUCGCCUCAACCAUUUUCACCGCCUGGCUCCUCGCUGCACCAAUUGUCAGCGGCUUCACCUUCACAGCACCACCCAAAGGCACCAAGCUGGACCUCUCCCAAAACAUCACAAUUUCCUGGACCGGCGAAAACGAACAAUUCGAAGAACUCGAUCUCACGUUCAAUGCAGUCGGGUCGAGCAGAUUCGGGUAUGGCAUAGCCUAUAACCUCUCUUCCUCCACCGGCUCUUUGAUCUGGGAUCCAAGGAAUGUGACAGAGGCACUGCAGAGCACCAACAUAUCAUUGAGCAAGGGCGAGGAUCACUACUUCGAGGCGAAGCUUCACCCGAACGGUACAGAUGGGACGCGGAGUGCUGGCGCGGGACUGGAGAGCGAGAAGUACAAGAUUACGGGAUAUCCUUUGAUCGGUGCGGCGGCGGCGCUGCAGCCUCAGGUUGGAGCAGCGGUUUUGACGGUGGUGUUCAUCUCGAUCGCAUUUGGUGUGCUAUGA